CAACUGUGGAAAAACUGUUGCCUCUAGCUAUGGAAACUAGUUUCCGCCAUAGGAGGUUUCCCCUGGUCUCCUGCUUCCACUUGCUGCACUUCUGGCUCCUCUUCCUCCUAGCCUCAGCAGUUCCAUUGCACAGCGUCUGGUCUCUUCGGACCCGUGGUCUUCUGGCAGCUCGGCCACUGUGUAGCCACCGGAGCCCCACAGCAUCCAGAUCUUUCUGUAUCUGGGAUAAGAAUCUGCCCACGGAGAAAACAGGAUUUCACUCUACCUCACUGCGGCUGCGCUCUAUGGUUUCCAAAGGGGCUGGCCAACGCCAUGCCAUACGGCUGAGGCGUCAAGCCCAAGGGAUCCGGCCUGCUACCCCAUCCGGCUUUGAGGAUGGUCCCUCCUCAUCUCAGUACCCCUGGGCCAUUGUUUGGGGUCCCACAGUCUCAGUUGAUGAGGGAGGGGAUGCCAGCUCUGCCAACCCAGGCUUCCCACUUCUGGAUUACGCCUUUGUUUCAUCCAAUGGAAUGGCAACAGCACAACCCAAUUCCCACUCACUGUUACACAAUGAAGGGCUCAACCUGCGUCAGACCCCAGCCACUCUACCACCCUUCCUCUUUGGACCUCGUGGAGAAGGUGUGGACCCUCAACUUUAUGUCACCAUUACAAUUUCUGUCAUUAUCAUCCUUGUUGCUAUGGGAAUAAUACUCAAGUUUUGCUGGGACCGGAAUCAAAAGCGACGUCACCAUUCUAGUCAGCAAAGUGAAUUGCAGCAGCAGGAGAGCCAGCAGCCUUUAACCGACCUGUCACCUGCCACGGUCAGCAUCCUGGGGCCCUACAGCGAUUCACAGGUUCCUAUGCCAGAGAUGGUGGAAAGUGGACAAGUCCUGGAAGGCUUGGAGAAGCUGGAGGGUCUAGGGAAGUCCAGUGCCUUCCAGCUCAACAGGAUCCCACUGGUGAACUUGUGACUGAAUGUGC